ACAAUGCUAAUUGUAUACCCUGUUAAUUCUGAUUUAAAUUAUAUAGCUUACAGUUUCAAUUACAUACUAUACACAUAUACCCCUGACUGAACUACACCCCAAUACAAAAAAUACCAAAUUCUUGCUCAGUGCAAUGAGUCUUCUCUUUAAUCCAGACCUUAACCAUGCAGCAACUGCAUUGCUACUCAAAUGUAAAGUAGACUAAUGGUUGUUCAACAUAUUUGAAUAAGAACACAUGGUGUCAUGUUAUUACAGUGCGUUUCAAUAUAGGCAAGGAAGAAAUCAUCAACCAUCAAACACCAGCUUUUUGUUGAUGACUUAAAUAACUUAUGUGGUGACGUGUCUAAAGCAACAACAGUAUUUUCUGCAAAUAAUUGAUUUAUCAGAUUUGUUUUAUCCGUAAAAAAUUGCAAAAAAAGGUCAAACUCAAAUCUGGAAUUGAAUGCAUUGAUUCAUAUCUGUUGAUGUUUGUCUGUAAGAAGGGAAAAGCAAUGGAGGAGGCAUACACGUUUGGUAGUCGCAUUCUUGCAUUAAAUAAAGGGUAAUUUUUAGAUGGAUGAUAUGGCAUUGUCACUGUCAUUAUUAUAGCAUAAUAACUUACACGUUUGUAAAGAUAAAAGGAAACUACAGCAUGCAUUUAAAAAAAAAAGAGGACAACAAGAUGAACUACUGGGCUGAACAAAUCUGUUCACCACCCUGCUCUCCUCUACAUGUUUUCUCCAAACUGCGCUUGUGUCAGGCAUGACUGAAGACCACAGCUCAGCAGACAACUGCUGGAGAGGAGGAGUCGCCGGGGGUCAAGAAGCAUCACUGAGAGAAGUGUUCAAACAAGUCACCAAAUCCCAAGUUAACAAGGACACUUUAUUCACUCUCACCAUGUUAGUUGGAACUGUCGUUGCUUUUUGUGGAUUAUACUUUUGAAGCCAUGUUUUGACGAAGAAGGUCAUUUUAUGGAUUCCUAUGCUGGACCACUUGCAUCCAUAGGAAAGAAGAAAACUGUCGUCAAAGAGACAACAUCGCAAAAUCUCUGGAAUUACUUUGACUUCACCCAACUGCCGAUUAAUAUUGAUUUAAUGGCUGAAAUAUAUAGACAAAAAACUGUUUUUAGUUAUUAGGGGGUGCAUUGUGGAUAACUGAACCACUCACUUGAUUUUCUUCUAACCAGUUUGACUAAAACCGCUGAUGGUGAAGCAUCCUCCAAAAAGAAAACAAUAACUUUCUUCCCUCGUUUGAGACUUUGCUGCAGUAAAAACCAGAAGCGCAGUGUGUUAACCUGCCAGCAUCAGUCAGUCAUGGAAAUGAGCAACAGGUCACACAAUAUCCCCUCCAUCCUCCACCUGGACUUUGGCCCGCUAAGUGACUUUUUGGAGUAUAACGAAACUAACUCCACCGCAGGAGAGCGAAACUCUUUGGGCUGCGUGCAGAUCCGCAUUCCUCAGGAGCUCUUCCUCGCGCUGGGGCUCAUCAGCCUGGUGGAGAACAUCCUGGUGGUCCUGGCCAUCAUCAAGAACCGCAACCUGCACUCACCCAUGUACUACUUCAUCUGCUGCCUCGCCGUGUCCGACAUGCUGGUGAGUGUGAGCAACGUGGUGGAGACCAUCGUCAUGCUUCUCAACGACCACGACCUGAUGGACGUGCACCCUGGCAUGCUGCGCCACCUGGACAACAUCAUCGACGUGAUGAUCUGCAGCUCCGUGGUGUCCUCGCUCUCCUUUUUGUGCACCAUCGCCGCGGAUCGCUACAUCACCAUAUUUUACGCGCUGCGUUACCACAGCAUCAUGACCACGCAGCGCGCCAUCGCCCUCAUCGCGGUGGUGUGGCUGGCCAGCAUCACCUCCAGCAUCCUCUUCAUCGUGUACCACACCGACAACGCUGUCAUCGUGUGCCUCGUGACCUUCUUCUGCAUCACUCUGGUGUUUAACGCGGUGUUGUACCUGCACAUGUUUGUCCUGGCUCACAUUCAUUCCCGGCGCAUUGUGGCUUUCAACAAAAGCAGACGCCAAUCUACGAGCAUGAAGGGAGCGAUUACCCUCACAAUCCUGCUCGGGGUCUUCAUUGUAUGUUGGGGCCCCUUCUUUCUCCAUCUAAUCCUCAUCCUCACCUGCCCAACCAGCCCCUUCUGCAACUGCUUCUUCCGAAACUUUAACCUUUUCCUCAUCCUCAUCAUCUGCAACUCGCUCAUCGACCCUCUCAUCUACGCCUAUCGGAGUCAGGAGCUGCGUAAAACCCUGCGGGAGCUGGUGCUGUGUUCCUGGUGUUUUGGUGUUUGAGACCGUGUACUUCUAGGAAGAAAAAGAGCACCAAUCUAACUACAAUGUCGGCUACCUCUUCUUCCUGAAUGUGAAUUGUGUCAGAAGAUGAAGUAUGCUGUGACUGCUGCGUGCUUUAAACCGCUCAUGGGGGACUGUAGCGCUGAUAAAUACUUGUCUCUGGAUUUUAGUAGGCCUAUUUAGUCUCGCUGUACAGAUACCUUUGGUGUCCUUGCACUGUGAAACACCUUGACAUUUAAUCCAAUAAUGUCUGCUGGUACUGGACUACUUAUUUUAGCUGACUGGCCUUUUAUUAUUGUUGUGUGUGUUGUGUUUUCCUCUAUAAAACAACACGUUUUUUUUUGUAUAGUGCCUCUGUGUUCGUCAACAUAUGUGGUCUUAUUGACACUUUUUAAAAGAAAUCAAAAGAAUAAAUAAACACAUGCACUGGCUGUUCAAUGUAAUGUGCUGGAUAAGAAUCACUUAAUUAAAACGCAAUGUGAGUUUAGUGUCCCUAAGUAAUUAAGAAUAUAGGCACGCAUUCAUUUAAAUAAGUCUCUGCUAUUUACUCUUUUAACGAAAAGUAUAGAAGCAAUUCCCAAUUCUGAUAUUGUUGUGAUUUGCGUGGAUUUCGCGGGUUUGGGACCUCGUCAUUUUAACGCUGUCCAUGUUCUAAACUUUUUGAAAAUGUGCCAUUAAGGCAUGCAUCCCCGAAGCAUUUAUUGAGAUGAAAACGUUUCACUGCUGAUGAAACAAUUGUUUUAAUUUCGCAGUGAACGCGGGGAUUAUUUGUUUGAGCAAGGUGCAACAAGGGGAGGCUAUAGAUGACAUUUUUUGUAGUUACCCUUUAAAUUACACAAGGCCUAUUGAAUGUCUCGUUGCAGUCUAAUUGGUGGCGAUGUGUGUGAAUUACUUCCCCUAAAAUAAAUGUCCGAGUGACGGGGAUUAUGAGAAAAAUCACAUGAACUGUCACGCUUGGUAACAGGCCUGGGGCAUCGGAGGGUUUAUGAAAGAAUACAUAUCAAAGUUAUAUUUCUGGAAGUGUCUGUAGUUCUCUGAAUUGUGGUUGUUCGAACACUUGGGACUUUGGGCCUGGUGGCCUGCAGAUGUGUUUGUAAAAAAGCCAUAAGAGCUUUGAAACAAAAUCCUUUAAGAUAUAACCUAUUGCUCUUGAAAUUACCAAUAUGUAAAGCUCAUAUUUUAUUUGUAAUUAUCAUGAUAUCCUAUUAUUUAUUGAUCCUAAGGAUUAACAGAGCUUUUGGAAAAACUGAAAUGCUGUCUGUAUAGUUAUGGUAUCUUUUAAUACAAAGUGCUUUUGAAAAGUUGUUCCCAAAUUACAGAAACUGUGCACUGGACUGUUUUGUCUCACAGGACAAAAACUAUUUAACUUUAGUGUUUAGGUGAUGGCCAUGUAUGGAAAGCGCAUGUUAAUAUUUAAAAUAACCUAGACUGAUGUAGUAGUUGAAAUAUGCUUGUCAGAUUAUUUGCUGCUGUAUUAUAUUAUUCAAACAGUCCCCACUCAAUUCAUUCAUUUUCUGUUGAUUUUAAAUUUUCAGCCAACUGUUGACAGGGACGCCGCCAGGGAUUUUGGGCCCCAUGAAAAUAUAUCACAUUGGG